AUGAGAGGAUUGUGGAGAUUUUUUCUCCCUAUUUUACGUAGUGUUGGGAGUACAGUAUCUUCUGAGGCACUCAACACAGGGCAACGUAUACUUGAAAGAGUUAACCAAGGUCAGCCGAUAAAAGAAGCUUUUAUUAGUGAAGGAAAAAGAGGAGUAGACAAGGUUUUAGAAAAAGGUGGACUACCAAAACAAUUUGGGACAGGAAGAAAGAGUAUAAAAGGAAAAAGAAUUCCCUCACAUCAAACAUUUAUUGGUCAAAAGAAAAAACGUGUAGACGCUUUUGGAUUUUAUUAAAAAUGUCAUUUAAAAAGAUUGAUAGAGAUAGCCUUGAUACAAUUACAAACGCUGUAGAAAUUUUUCAAGUUCCUCCUACCAAUGUUACCAUUUCAUCCUCAAAAACAUUUGAAAUACUUCCUAGUAAUCCAUUAACCGACACCCCCUUUCAUUUUAAAAUUCAUUCGAGUGAAAAUUUUAUUGAUUUAUCCAAAUGUUACCUAUUCAC